GCUCGUUUUUCUUCUCUGUCCAGUUUCCUCUAGACUUUCAUAGAAUAAAUGACUUCUCUCGAUUUUAACGGCCUCAUCGACCUCGACAAGGCGUCGCUCACCUUGUCCCUGCUGUCGAUCACGUUCAAUCCCACAGCAUGGAACAUCGUCGCACGAAAUGAAUACCACAACAAGACUAUUACGCGCUUGUUUGGCGGUAACAGGAAGGCUGGAUGCUACUUUUUGGCCGUCAUGAUCUUCUCGUUUGGCAUCCUUCGGGACUACCUGUACCAUGAGGCCUUGAAGGAGCAGCCCAAGGUCGCGUUGAUCCCCUACGAGUACGCCAGCAAGAUCGCCGUCGUCCUCUUCGGCUUGGGCCAGCUCUUUGUUAUCACUUCGACCUGGCAGCUCGGAAUCACUGGCACCUUCCUGGGCGACUACUUUGGAAUCUUGAUGGACCACCGUGUUGAGGGAUUCCCUUUCAACAUCCUCAACGACCCCAUGUAUGUCGGAAGCACCAUGAGCUUCAUCGCUACCGCUCUCUGGACCGAGCGCCCCGCCGGCCUCUUCAUCAGCGCCUACGUCUACAUCGUCUACCGCAUCGCGCUCCUCUUCGAAGGCCCAUUUACCGACAUGAUCUACUCCAACCGCGCCGCCGAGCAAAAGAAGGCCGAGGGCAAGUCGUCUUAAAGACCCAACUUGGCGGCCUAGUGCGACCUUCAACGGUCCGACUUUCUCAUCCUUCGCACAACAACACACUACAUAUACUACCUACAACCCCAACACGUAUUCACUGGCGACUCCACUCGCGGUUGACGAAGGACACUCCCGGGUACGCGCUUUGUGUUGCAGAUGCAUGUCCAGUAAAAUGGGACAUGUGUUUGUGGGCAUUGGUGCGCCC